CUUAUCCUCAAAAAAAUGUCUGCCUCCUCCUCUACAUUGGUGCCUCCGCUGAUGAUGAGAGAGGAAGAAGAGCCGAGAAACUGGACGGAGCUUCCGUCGGAGGUUACGUCUUUGAUCCUGCUCCGACUUGGUGCAGUUGAGAUACUUGAAAACGCUCAGAAGGUGUGCAAACCGUGGCGACACAUCUCUAAGGACCCUUCUAUGUGGCGAAAAAUCGACAUGCGAGACCUGGGAAACCGAAGAUUGAAGGAUUUGGAUUUCGAUACCUUGUGCCGUCACGCUGUUGAUCUCAGCCAGGGCGGCUUGCUCGAGAUCAACCUUGACUUCUUCUCGUCCGAUUCUCUCCUUGCUUGCCCACAUCUAAAGACAUUGAAGCUAAACUCCCCAGGAUGGUCACGCUACAUAUCGUUUCGCACCAAAUGUGAUGAUGAUGAUUAUCCCCUAGCAAUCAGCAUGCAACUGUUUCGACAUCAACCGUGUCGGCAUUCUUAAGAAGCACUGUUUGGAGAGGAUCAAAGAGUUCAGAAGCCCGGACAACUCAACCGAUGGUAUCACUUUUGUCAAUUCUGAUUCUGACUCA